AAUUAACAUUUUCAAAAAAACAUUUCGCUGUGUAUUCGGUGUUUUAUUUUGAAUUUGAAUCCUAUAAUUUAAUUCAUCUUUGUAUUUUGCUGUUUCGACUCAAUCUGUGAAUUGUGUUACUUACGCUUAAUGAAUUAAAUUUUUAUAAUAAUAGAGUAACAGUAUUUUCUACCUUCACAUCACUUUGAAUUUUGAUUCCCAUACUUUUAAAGAUUUACUAACUGAUACAAUGUCUGAGGAAUCAAAAGCUACUGAAAAUUUAAAGCAGCUAAAGGAAAGGAUGAAAUUAAUAGCUGACGCGGAUCCAGCUCAAUACCACAACGACUAUUCACUGAAGAGGUAUCUAACAGCGUUCAAAACUGUUGAUGACGCAUUUCAGGCUAUAUUAAAAACAAACAAAUGGAGAGUUGAAUAUGGUGUUAAGGAUUUACAUGAAAACAAAGAACUUAUAGAGAAAUAUAAAGACAAAGCUAGAGUUCUAAGACACAGAGACAUAGUUGGGAGACCAAUUGUUUAUAUCCCAGCAAAAAAUCAUAGUACCAGUGACCGUAACAUUGAUGAUCUUACAAAAUUUAUUGUUCACUGUUUGGAAGAUGCCAGCAAGAAAUGUUUUGAAGAGGUGGUUGAUAACCUGUGCAUCAUUUUUGACUUGAAUGAUUUUACAUUGUCCUGCAUGGACUACCAAGUACUCAAAAAUUUGAUCUGGCUCCUUAGUAGACACUAUCCAGAGAGGCUCGGAAUCUGCCUUAUUAUUAAUGCUCCAGCAUUUUUUUCUGGUUGUUGGGCCGUUAUUAAGGGAUGGUUGGAUGAAAACACAGCAAGAAAAGUGACAUUUGUCAACAAUGAAAUGGAACUCUGUCAGUAUGUAAUACCUGAUAUCCUGCCAACAGAUAUUUAAUUAAGUGCUGUGCCAUCAAGGAAUUCACUUGAAGUUGCCUGUCUGCCAGUGAGAUGACCUACAAGUAUGAUGUUAUGAUACUAGUCUAGAAUCUUCUUCAGCAUGCUGUGGACCAACUGUACCUUCACUAGAUAACAGUUAAUUACUUACCAGCUUAGCUUCAUUGGUCUUACUCAUCUUUAGAUCUUAUUAUAAACUACCUGACGCCGCGCGGUUUCACCCGCGUGGUUCCCGUUCCCGUAGGAAUACGGAGAUAAUAUUACAGCCUAUAUCCUUUCUCGAUAAAUGGGCUAUCUAACACUGAAAGAAUUAUUUAAAUCGGACCAGUAGUUCCAGAUUAGCGCGUUCAAUCAAACAAACAAACUGUUCAGCUUUAUAAUAUUGGUAUAGUUAAGUAAAUGAAAAAUUUAACAUUCUAACAUUCAGUCAGUUGCUUAUUUGUUUAAGAAUAAUGAAAAUAAUUAAAAAUAAUUUUAUUGUUUGUGAAAACUGAAAAUUAUAACGACCAAUUAAUUGGUGUCAUCAGCUAUUAUAUAGUUAAAAUAUUUAACCUAGUACUUAGCUUUAAUAAUAUAUAGCGAAAACUUUGCAUUAUGGUCAUGUGAAAUUAUUAACAUUAAGGCUGCCUGUCCACCAAAGCGGAGCGGAGAGCGUAGCGGAGAAACGGACUAAUGCCGAGCGAAAUUGCGUACUGUGUCUGUCCAUCGGAGCCGAGCGACGCUGCGGAGCGAAUUGACUGCCCGAACAAACUUCCCUGCUACGUGUCCCGCUCCGCUUUCUAUUUUAUGUGAAUUUUUAAACUAGCUCGCAAGUCCCUGUCCACUUAAGAGGAGCGGAGAUUUUGUGCAAUCUGUUAAUAUUUCUCCGUUUCUCGGCUCCGCUGCCUCGCUCCGCUUCGUCUACCGCCUAAGUUGGUAUUUUAGUAAAGAACUUCUACUUUAUGUUAUUUGAGUGGUGCAUAGGCUGAAACGAAUUCAUGACACUCUUAAAUAAAGUAUCAAGUAUUUAGUCUGUAAUAUAACUAAAUCUACCUACAAAAACAAGAGUAAUAAUAAUUAUUUAUUUUUAAAUCUUCAUAAAUCAAGUCAUAAUUAUUUAUGUUUAAGUAUACUUUGUAAUAAAUAGGUGAAAAGUAACACUAAAGUCAUAAUUUUUAAUAUUAAUUGUGUAGUUAAAUGUUGUAUAAAAUAUUUAUAUAAAUUGUACCCACCUAAAUGAUUUUACUAUGUAAUAAAUUAUUAUGUGUAGCUACUUGGGUUUUUUUUUAUAAUUUUAUUAGUUGUUUUUUUUCUUCUUUGUAAUCUAAUAUAUAAAAUUCUCGUGUCACGGUGUUUGUAACCAAUCUCCUCUGGAGCAAUUUUUAUAAAAAUUUUAUUUGCCUUUUGAGUAGGUCUGAGAAUUAGCAAACAUAUAUUUUUCACCCCUAUAGGGGUAGCUAGAGGGGUUGAGAAAAGUACACUAUGGUCAAAACGCAGCUUUGGUCAACUAGUAAUUAAUGUAAAAUACAAAAACGUUAAAUUUCGCUUAAGAAACUCAUUGACCAAUUACUUUCAUAUAUUAACAGGGUAUCUACUAUGAUAAUAUAGUUAAAUAUAGUGUUGUUUCUUUCAAUUAGAUUUUAUAUAUUUCUGAGUAGGUAUUUCAAAAAAACAUGAGUUUACACAAUUUUCAAUCUAAUUUCGCGUGAACCUAUUAAAAUCUAACUAGAUUAGCUAAUAUAAGAAAUAUACAUGAAAAAGUUAGUACAUAUAAAUAUUUUUCUAACUACCAUGUGUGUGACUGGAUUAAAAUACAUACACAUACAUACAUAAUAAUAAAUUGAUAUACUAAGAAAUCUGUAAAUAUCAUAUUGAAAAAUUUAGAGCACUUCAGUUUAUUUAUCUUUCAAGAUAGCUGAUGAGAAUGUCAAGUGUAGAUACAGUACUUUUCUGAGUUACAAUAGUAGGUAGUAGAUAUGACUACCUGAGUAUCAGAUAAAAUUCCAAAACAUUAUCUAUUCACCUAUUUUGUUAUAUACAUAUAAUAUUAUGUAUUUGGAGAUUCAUGUAAAGAAAACUGCAUUCAUUUCUAUGAUAUAUUUACUUACAAAACAGUUAUGUAUACAAAAAAAAAAUUGCAAUCCGCAAUUUCAAAGCAAACACACUUUCAAACAAAAUUGUAAUUGUAAUUAAUUUUAUUGUACUGUUAAUGCUGAAACAUUCUUGUAUCACACAAGUAAACAAAUCGAGUAUUUAUAAAGCAUUCAUAUUUAUAGCUUUAAAAUAGAGAAAUUACAUAUACAUAUUCGAGAAUAUUAAUAGUUUACAUAAUGUAUAAGGUAAUAUAUAGUUAGCGUUAUAAUUAAAAUAACAUUACUCAGUCACAAUUAGAUUAAAUUAUAUCUACAAAAAAAAUCAAAUAGAUAUUAUGUACCUACUUGUAAUAGGUAAUUGGCACAGUUCUGUGUCGCUAAUUAUGUGAUGGAUCACAAUAGGGAUGAUGACUAGGUUUGAAUAUAUUGAUUUUAUGAUACAUUCGAGUAAAUAAGGUCAAUGUUAACUAAUUUAUACAUAUAAAGUAAAGUUUGACUGGAUAUUUGCAAAAUAAUUAAUAAGAUUAUAUUAAAAUUUCAAAACCUAUUAAAAAUCUUUUAUCGUAAUUAGACGAAAAUUCAUACAGUUUUAGCUUCCUUACAUUAAAUGUAACGUUUUUCAAUAGAACUAUAAACAUAAACGCACAAAUAACAAAGAUAAUUAGUAAUUUUGUUUGGCCGCCCAUAUAACGAUCAUUAUGGACCUACGACGUCAUUCAUUCGUACCAUUUUGUGAGAUGAUGUACCGUUUUUCAGAGAUCUUCGGCAGCGCCGCAAAUCUGACCCUAUAAAAUACCUGUAGCUCCGAAAGUAAUGAUCGCAGAUACCCUGUUACUUUUACAAAAUUGCUUUACUAUUAGCAUACUCCUAAUUUAUAUACAAUUUAAAAAAACUGUCAUCAUCCCUAUUACAAGAAAGAAAUCGUCCCUUUCAUUGUGGAGGACAUCGCAACCCAACACAUACUAUACAUUUACAAUAUAUAACUCUAUCACAUUAUAACAUCCUUCUUCAUUUCCUUAUUGGGACGGUAUUUACUUAUCCACUUUUUAAGGGAUCAGAAACGACAUCAGUACUGCCAAAAAGAUAAAAAUGGCUGAAUUAUGAGUUAAAUAUGACAUUACUUUACAAUAGUGAUAUGUAAGAUUUAGGACCGAUUUUCCAAUAACCAUAAUUUUAACAUUGUUAUGUAGGAAAUGAGUAAAAUUAAAUCUCCAGUUAGUUUACUUAAAAAUUGCAAAAUCAGUCCUAAGUCAUGGUUAGGUAUAAUGAUUUAAAUUCCAAAGUUAUAUACAAACAAUAUUGGUCAAGCAUAUGUUUGAGUUUCGUCUUUUGAUAUUUGUAAAUUGACAAUUGUUUGAUUGACUGACAAUUGCUGACGAUGCAACAUUUUGUUAAUUCAACUAAUAUGACUAGGUUUUAAUCACUCGAAAUACAUAAUGUAUUAUGAACUUGACAUAUUUUGUAACUUAAUAAAAUUGUA